AUAUGUUCAAUUGUUUUUAAUGGUUGAGCUUCCAGACAAAUUAACAGAUUUUAAUUGAAACCAGACAAGCCUAAAUCAUUAUAUAGAUGAUUAAUAUUGUUUUUUGCAAGAAACCUAUGGAUAAUAAAGCAUAUUGUUUAUCUGUUAUUGGGUCUCAUCAGCUUGGGGUUACAAUCAAAUAUAACAAUUACAUAAUAAGAAAAGAGUAAAAGAAUUCCCCACCAACUCUUGUUUUAUCAUAGUUUGAAAGAAUUAGGCACGUUUUUAAGCUUCUACGUAAUUAAAUGGUUUUGUUCGAACACAAAGAGAGCGUGACGAAGAAGGAAACAGCCGUAAUAUUAAAUUUGUGUCAUCAAAUACAUCGACAUCUCGAAAUAUCAAACUAACAAAAAGUUUCUUUACCCUAUCUAAUUUAAAGGUCAUCACAGCUGAGAUGUUCAACAAAAUUUGUACAGUUAUUUUCCAUGUGCAUUUUCAUGGGAAAUAUAACAACUAAACGUAGUGAUCCAAGAACAAAUUCUGUGGACAGUGUUUACAAACAAAAAGAGGAUCAUUUCAAACAAAUAAACGCGCAUUUCAAUAACAGUUCGAGUGGUAGAUCUUUCGCGAGUAUCAGCAGCCAUCAAUCCACGUACAGUUUUUCAAGACCUUGGUCCAGAGUCUCCAGAAGAAGGUGGAAAGAAUCAACUUUAACUCUUCCCUACGAAUCUAGUAAAACUGCUUGGCCUGUAUCCCAAUUAGAGUCCUGUUUCUUACCCGAAUUUCCCGUAUCUACUUCUUACAACGAAAAGAGGUUUGAUGUUAUAGAAGAAAUAAACAAAGGAUCAUUUGGAAAGGUUUACAAAGCACAAGAUUUGGAAUCAGGACGAAUAUUUGCUUUAAAGGUCCUCUCUAAGUCUAAGAUAAUUGAAGAAAAUUCUGUGCAACAAGUUAAAGACGAGGUGCAGAUCCAAAAGAUUUGUGGACAUCAUCCGUUCAUUGUGAAUUGUCCUUUCAAUUGGCAGAAUAGAAAAAGAUUGUUUAUAGUUACAGAGUACGUGGAAGGUGGUGAAUUAUUCAGUUUACUCAAAACUUAUUUAAUAUUGCCACUUGAAUUAGUUCGAUUGUACAUUGCUCAGUUAGCUUUAGCAUUAGAUUUUUUACACAACGCCGGAAUCGUCUACAGAGAUUUGAAGCCGGAAAAUAUACUCUUAGAUGAAUCCGGCAACGCCCAGCUGAUUGAUUUCGGCCUGUCCAAGUGGCUGUCGUACGGUACCAAAACAAAAACCAUCUGCGGCACUUUACGUUUCAUGGCUCCUGAAAUUAUGGCUGCCGAGCCAUACGGACACGCGGUCGAUUGGUGGAGUCUUGGCGUUUUGGCAUGUUUAAUGCUAACAAAUAAGUAUCCUAUAGCUGCGGUAGAUCCAGAUCCCAAUCCGCAGGAAAAGAAACCUGGAAGUUUACCCGAAGACGUCGAUUUGGACGUACAGUGUAAAGACUUACUAAUGAGAUUGCUUGAAUUACAACCUCAUAAAAGAUUACGUUCUGUAAGGACGUUAGAAACUAUUCCUUUUUAUAAAGGAUAUGAUUUUCGUAUUAUUAAAGAGAAAGCGUUAAAACCUAAUGAAAUUCUUCGAAAAUAUUUUCCUAACGGCCCACCGAAUUGUUCAAUUAACGAAGAUAUAUUUGAAGAUUUUGAUGAAAUUCAUGUUUAAUUGAUAACUUGGAAAAGGAUCUCGAAAAAAUAUGGUUAAAAUUCAGUAUUUCUCAAUUUUAUAAUGAUCAUAUUUUUCUCUAAUUAAUUUAUAAUAUAUUAUAAAUAGACAAAAAUACAGUAUUCUUUUCUUAA